AUGUCCUGCCAGCAAAACCAGCAGCAGUGCCAGGCCCCACCCAAGUGCCCCUCACCCAAGUGCCCCCCAUUCAAGUGCCCCCCAAAGAGCCCAGCACAGUGUCUUCCCCCAGCCUCUGGCUGUGCCCCAAGCUCUGGGGGCUGCUCUGGCCUCAGCUCCGAGGGCGGCUGCUGCCUGAGCCACCACAGGCGCCGCAGGUCCCGAUGCCGGCGCCAGAGCUCUGACUCCUGCGACAGGGGCAGUGGUCAGCAGGGCGGGGCCUCUACUUGUUGCCACAGGUCUGGGGGCUGCUGUCUACCUCGGUCAUGA